AUGCUACGGAAUUUUGUGUAUAUUUUUUUGUCAGCGCUGGCGCUCCCGGGUAUUGUUAACGCUCAUAUUUCUUUAAGUAAGCCGUGUCCUCGUUUUUCCGAAUAUUGCGGUAAAACAAGCAACCUGCCCAGUGGUGUCAGUACGUUAGACGGCAAUAUUAACCAGCCCAUUGGCUCAGCCACUACGGGCGUAUACCUUGAAUUCUGCAAGACCUCAAAGGAGUGGGUUAAUACUGUUGACACAUUAACUGCGGGGAGCUCUUAUCAAGUUACAUUUGCAUCACAUGCAGUGAGUCACAGCGGCGGGCACUGUGAGUUUUCAGUUUCAUACGACAGCGGCAAGACCUUUGUUGUUAUUCAUCAAGAACUUCGUUACUGCUUUGUUGGCAAGAAACCAAGCGCUAUUACUAAUGAAGUGUCGGUGUUUUCUUACACUUUUGAUAUCCCCAGUGACUUGCCGUCAAGUGAUCGUGCUAUAUUUGCAUGGACGUGGGUCAACGCAUCGGGUAACCGUGAGUUUUACAUGAACUGCGCAGAUGUAGAAAUUACGGGCAGCUCGUCA